AUGGCUUCUUCCAAAUCCACCGUCACAACAUUGACCAUCUUCAUCGUCUUCUUCUUCUUCAUCGAGCCUCGGAUCUCACAGCAAAUCUCAACCGCCGAUUCGGAAUGCUCCGGCCGGUGGAUCCACAUCCGUACACUCCCUUCUCGAUUCAAUCUCGAUCUUCUCUCUACUUGCAACCGCUACCCACUCACCGACGAUCUCUGCCCUUUCUUAGCCAAUCACGGUCUCGGUCCAAAGACCCAUGCCCGUUCCCGAAGCUGGUACCGAACCGACCCGCUUCUUCUCGAACUCAUUUUCCACCGUAGGAUCCUCGAAUACCCAUGUCUCACGCCCGACCCGAAGCUCGCAUCCGCCGUUUAUCUCCCUUACUACGCCGGCAUCGAUUCUCUCCGUUACCUCUACGGAUCCGACGUGAACUCCAGCGCCGAUCACGGGUCGGAUCUUCUCGAGUUUCUGACCCGGGACUCGCCCGAGAUCUGGUCUCGCCGCUCGGGUCACGAUCAUUUCCUCGUCAUGGCCCGACCCGCUUGGGAUUUCUCACAGCCGUUGACCGUUGACCCUCCGAUUUGGGGGACCUCGUUCCUCGAGCGGCCCGAGUUCUUCAAUCUAACGGCGUUAACGCUCGAGUCGCGAUUUUGGCCGUGGCAAGAGCAAGCGGUUCCUUACCCGACGUCGUUUCACCCACACAGCAUGCCGUUUUUGGAAUCGUGGAUUCGGAGAGUCCGUCGCUCGCGGCGAACCUCGCUGAUGCUGUUCGCCGGCGGCGGAGGAACCUCUACGACGCCGAACAUCCGUCGUAGCAUCCGGUUAGAGUGCACGAACACGAACGUUACCGACACCGAGUCCGAAAUCACCUCCGAUUUCUCAUCGGAGACGCGGAAGAGCAAAAUCUGCGAUUUCGUCGAUUGCUCAAACGGGAUCUGCGAGCACGAUCCGAUCCGAUUCAUGAGGCCGAUGCUGCAAUCGUCGUUUUGCCUGCAACCACCGGGAGACACACCGACGCGGAAGGCGACGUUCGACGGAAUCAUCGCCGGAUGCAUCCCGGUGUUCUUCGAAGACCAAACCGCGAAAAUGCAGUACAAAUGGCAUUUACCGGAGGAAGAGUUCUCUGAAUUCUCGGUGACGAUUCCGAAGGAAGGCGUGGUUUUCAGGGGAGUGAGAAUCGCGGACGUGUUGAUGAGUAUACCGAAGGAAGAAGUCGCGAGGUUGAGAGAGAGAGUGAUAGAGAUGAUGCCUAGAGUUAUGUAUAGAAGACAUGGAGCUUCGAUGGGGUUGAUGAAUAAGAAAGAUGCUGUUGAUAUCGCCAUUGAUGGAGUUUUGAAGAAGAUCAAAGCUAGAGUUUGA